GGUGCAUACAGGCGCCUCAUGAUUGAAAUCCGACCCCUGCAACACUUGUUGCUGCCAUCUUCCCUACCCUCAUCGCCUCUUAAUACUCCAACUCAAAUAUUUCAGACUCGAUUACCCGCUGUGGACCAAGGCCGCCUUGCAGGCGUCCUGGAGAGACAAAGGAAACAGCAUUCUAGGUAUUUUGGUAUCGGGAGGCCUGCCAAUGAGACAGUACUCUAUGGCCCUGUCAAUGCCAUUGUGAAUGCUGUAUUCCCGGAUAACAGUUUAUACAGGCCUAUGCAGCAGUACACACUAGAAGAUGGGAAGCGGGACCAACGCGAACUGCUGCGACCUGACAUUACCGUAGUAACGGAUACAGAACUUUUCGAUCAACACUCGGAUUCCCUCACCUGCUUGGUGAUAGAGGUGAAGAAUAAGCCACUUUCUGCUAAAGAUAGGAAGGAGGACACAAGGAAAGCGGUGGAUCAACUCUAUCGGUACAUGGUUGAUGCCUACCAAAAGAGAAAUUGUACGGAUGUGCUAUACGGCAUUGCCAUCGUGGGCUUUCGAAUGUACCUGUACCAGAUGAUGGGCAUAGCUGCACGGAUGACUCACGUCAAAGAUGGAUUUGCCCCAAAUUUUCUAGACGACAGUGCAACCGAGCUUUGGAUGGACAUUCGCAAAUUGGUUGACAAUGAAGUCCGUUUGAAGUCACCUACGUGGCCGCGUGCAACUCGCUCUCUCAACAGCAGUGUGGGUGUGGCCCAACAAGAUGCUGACAUGGAGAGAUUCCAAGAUACGAUGGAAGAUCUCUUUGAAGAUGCCGAGGCAUUGAAAUUCCCUCCAAUGCCUGAACCCAAAGACCCCAAUGCAUUCGGUGCUGCGUCUUACCUACCAGGCCUUAGCCCUGCAAACACUGAUUCUACUGGGCACCGUGAAAUCGACAGCCCAAUACAACUUCGCUCAGCUGAUCGGGUUGGGGGGACUCUCUCAUACAUCCCAUUCUUCGAUUCCCCUGCCUCAAGCAGCUUGAGCAGCGAUCACGGAGUCAGCAAGACACCGCGUCUCCCCGGCAGUGCCCAACAGAUGUCCAUCCCCCAGCCAGGCCAAACACGGCCUUUUCAGGGGAUUCGAUCCAUGCCCGCUGCUCAUUCAGGUGGAAUGCCAAUCACUCCAAGAGCUCCCUCGGACUCACUGCUGCAACCUGUUGGAACUCCAUCCUCUCCGAGUCUUCUCAUGCCUCCAUUGGAAUCCCCUGAAUCACCACUCCACCGCUUCUCAACACAAAGGCGGCAGCUGCAGAUAACUAAUAAUGUUAAUGCAAUUGGUAUCCUUGUGAGAGACCAGGAUCAGUCCUCUGGUACUGCAAGUCGAGUUCCUCGAGGUGGCACUGGCUGGAACCCGAGCUAUGCUGCUAAUGCGCCUAGAACACCUGAACCAAUCGGCCGGCGCACCAUAACGGACCGGUACUCUAUCCCGGCUUCACAUGCACCUUCAAUGAGCAGUCAACCACGUAACUUUCCGGCUCCCAACAUCGUUUUGCAACGCUCGCGGCACUUUCACGCGUCCGAGCGAAAUGUCGACAAUAAUAGCCCCGAUACGCCCUCCCCCUCAACCGUUACAAGUGGGAUUGAUCAGAACAGGGGAAGUCGCAUCGUACGUAGCAAGGGGGUUCUUGCCAUCACACUAUUGUUGAACACGAUUGCUUGUAGAUCCAACAAGUGCAUGAGCUCGUAGCAUGAUCAUCU